GGGGCAUUUCGUGUGAACAACAGGCACUUGGGGCGUUUUUGGAGACCUGCCACCGUCUCAUUCCACAUUUUGUUUAAAACACCAACGUUUGUUUGUUUUGUUUUUUCCCUCGUGCAUGCAUACAGGCAUAUUAAAUGUUGUCCUUAAUGCACAGCAUAAAUGAAAGGCGGUUCUCGGAAGUCUGAGCGGGAGCGACACAAAGACCUGCGGCGCGUCGUGCGGCAGCUGCUCGGGGAGAGGGAGGCGAGCUCAGCUCGGAGCCGCUCUGAGCUGUUGCUGUUGAGGCGCUGUCCUCAGCACCACCGCAUUCACCUUGCUUUGAAAGUCAUUAAGCAGUUUACGGAGCUCGGUUUAUUCGGGACUCCGAUGAGCCGGAUUUAUUCUGCAUAUGAGGGACAAUUCGCCAGUGUUUGUCCUUUUUUCUCGACAUCUUGGAUUUAACGAUGAUGUGACGUCCAUUUCUAAUGUGAUGCCAUUGGCUGUAUUCAUUUUGGGGUCUUGAUUGUGUAGCCGUGCGCCCAGAGAGGCGCGGUGAAUGGCAGGUGUUUAAAAGGGAAUGUAGCCUGGUGCGCGUCCAGCAGCGAUCAUUUGUUUCACAGUGGGAACAAACCACAGGUAGCGUACCCUGUUUUUUAUGUAAUAGUUUUUCCAGUUUGCCUGCUGUGGUCCUUGCUACUCUAAUAUAAAGAAAACUUAUAGGAGACAUGCCUAGGGGACGAGAUGGGCCUGAGCGACGACAAGGAUCGCAUUGUGAUUAACGUGGGAGGGAUCAGACAUCAGACAUACCGCAGCACUUUGCGCACUCUACCUGGCACCCGGUUAUCCUGGCUCGCCGAACCUGAUGCUCCCAAUCAUUUUGACUAUGACGCCAAGAUUGAGGAGUUUUUCUUUGACCGCCACCCAGGCGUGUUUGCGCACAUCCUCAACUACUACAGGACAGGUAAACUGCACUGCCCCGCGGAUGUGUGCGGCCCCCUGUAUGAGGAAGAGCUGGCCUUUUGGGGCAUUGAUGAGACAGACGUGGAGCCGUGCUGCUGGAUGACCUAUAGGCAACACCGGGAAGCAGAGGAGGCCCUUGAUAGUUUCGGCGGGGGAGGACUGUUAGACCUGGCGAGUGACGACCCGGAGCCAGAGGUCGAUCAUGCUGAGGAUGAUGAUGAGAUGACAAGGAGGCUGGCGCAGGGGGAUCACACGGACGUCCGGACUGGGAGCCUGUGGAGUAGGUGGCAAAAACGUGUUUGGGCUCUGUUUGAGGAUCCCUACUCCUCCAAAUAUGCAAGGUGGAUCGCUCUGGCCUCGCUUUUCUUCAUCUUGGUCUCCAUCACCACCUUCUGCCUGGAGACCCAUGAAGCCUUCAACCCCAUCAUCAACCGCACAGAGUGGGAUGUGGUGGACAACAUCACAGUGGAGCGCAUCUACCAAGAAACCGAGACUGCCGCCUACCUCACUUAUAUUGAAGGCGUGUGCGUGAUUUGGUUCACCUUUGAAUUUCUCAUGAGAAUAACUUUUUGCCCCAAUAAACUAGACUUCAUAAGAAACGCCCUAAACAUCAUCGACUUUGUGGCCAUCCUUCCUUUCUACCUGGAGGUGGGGCUAAGUGGACUCUCCUCAAAAGCAGCUAAGGACGUGCUUGGAUUCCUUAGAGUGGUGCGUUUUGUCCGAAUUCUCCGUAUCUUCAAGCUAACACGACACUUUGUAGGACUCCGGGUUUUAGGGCACACGUUGCGAGCCAGUACCAACGAGUUUCUGCUUCUUAUCAUCUUCUUGGCACUCGGAGUGCUCAUUUUUGCCACUAUGAUUUAUUAUGCUGAACGUAUAGGAGCCAACCCCAAUGACCCAAGAGCCAGCGAACACACACACUUCAAGAACAUCCCCAUUGGAUUCUGGUGGGCUGUGGUGACCAUGACGACCCUCGGCUAUGGAGACAUGUACCCUCAGACGACUUCAGGGAUGCUGGUUGGAGCCCUGUGUGCCCUGGCUGGUGUGCUGACCAUUGCAAUGCCUGUCCCAGUGAUUGUCAACAACUUUGGAAUGUAUUACUCCCUGGCUAUGGCGAAACAGAAACUACCAAAGAAAAACAAGAGGCAUAUACCACGACCACCGCAUCUCGGCUCUCCUAACUACUGCAAGACUAGCAUCAGCUCGCAACAUCCCAGCCCUGUGGUGGUCCAUGAUGAUGUUUUCGAGAUCAAAUUUCAAGACUCAAAGUUAAACGGCGAGGCAGCUAAUGCGGCUCUGGCGAAUGAAGACUGUCCUCAUAUAGAUCAGGCCAUUUCUCCUGAAGAAAUCUUCAGCCCCAGUGAAAGAGAGCGUCCCUGUUUCCUGGUCACUACUGCAGAGCGCCCCAACCACACGGGGGGCAGAGUGCGCAGGGGUUAUGAAAAGCCUUGGAGCCUUAACAGCAUGUCUGGCAUGAGCGAGGAUGCCUCUGGAGUGUCCUCAGUGUCCGCCCUGCCCUGCAGCCCACCAUGUCUAAUGCAGCACUCACAUUCUCCCAUCCCAUCCAUUAUGUAGCAUGGUUGAGUAGCAGACACAAUGCCAUCGGAAGGCCUGUCCACACCUUCUAUCUUUCCUGUCCAAUUUGAUUUUAUACUUUUUUUUUCUCCUGCUUUUUCAUUCAAGUCUUUAUUUUUUUUGAAAAAGAAAACUGGAUCUUAUCUGUGCUAAUACUUCCCAAGAGUUCACCUUGGGUGUGUCAUCAUAUCCUAGUCUCUAAACAUCGGUACAGCCACUCUGCAUGGGUCACCUCUGUUGCUGACAAAGCACUCUACUAUAUCUACCACAGACUCAACCACUCUUCCUAUGUUGACGUCAUUGCCUGUUGCUCUGUUGCUUUUGAUCUCAUGUAUCUUCUGCUAAUGACUAAAUUUCAUCCGCUUUUACUACUGUGUAAAAGAUUUUUUUCAUACAAUGUAUACAAUGCCCAAUGCUGGACAUAAACGAUACAUGGCUUAAGCAUAUUCAAAAGGUACCAAUGCCAGCUGUUAAGGGAACACCUCUCAAGUGCUUUGUACGUUGCAAAGUAGAGACGUUAUGAUCUUAAGUGCAGAUUUUCUUGUUUGAGUGGCUAUUAAAGCUGAACUUGAUGUUCACAAUGUCCAAUGCAAUAUGGAGAUAAUGACAAUUCAAGUGAAACUAUGAUGCAUCAAAUGUCAGAAGAACUACAACUGUUCAUUUGCAUGAACUGCAUGAAAUAUUCUGUUCAAAUCAAAGCUAACUGUAUCACAGUAACUUGUAGAGAACUAUUUUUUUUUUAAAAGCCUGAGAGCUUUGUCAUUUUAUGCAUUUUGAGACAGCUUUACAAGAGACUCAUAGCAAAGAUUUUUAUGUAGCUGCCAUUCUUUGCCUUUCCCCAAAAUCAUAGAUUUAUUUUCUUGUAUUUAUUUGAUUGGGGUCUCCAGCCAAAACAGAUUAACUUGAACAGCCAGCCAGUUAUAAAGCCAACACAUGCUGUUAUGAGCAUAUACCUUUUAUAUCCACACAUUAGAGGUAGUUUACCAUAUGGGCAGACGGAUGCUGUUGCUCUGCCUAAAUUAAAGGUCUUAUAAUUAUGAAACAGCUGUGCCUUCAUACCUGGAGAGGCAAAGUAAAAGUGCAUUUUAAAUGUAUUCAAAAAGUGCUCCUAGUGUAGCAUCAGUACACUUUACCAUGCUCAUAACAGUGUAACGAAAGCUUUGUUUUCAAGGUGCACCUUUUGACACCAGUGUUAUAUCUUAACCACACAAUACUAACCUAAUGCUUAUUAUAGUUGCACCAUUAUGUAUUAUCAUAUAAUUACACUUCGGGUUCCCAUAAAGAUCAUUUGUAUGAUGAGCACAACAUAUUUAUACAGAGGGGACCAAUAGCCAAACUGUUAGUAAGUUUGAUAAGAUCCAGUCAGCCACAAUCACAAUGACAAAUGCAGUGUGUUUGUCUAUUGGUUUAAGCAUCAGUGCUGUUACUGUUACUAUUGAUACUAUCCCUUACAAUAUGCACAAUGGUUUCAGGGCACUUUAAGAAAUCCUAAGUUGAAAAGAGAAAAAGUUACAAGUAUAGCAACUCAUAAGUUUUGUUUUUAUCCUGACUGAGCAUAGUUUUACAUUUCUAGUCUCCAGUCGUUUGUGGUAAUUAAUGGACAUUAC